UUUAUCCGCCAGAAUGCUCCCAAACGUUCGUGCAAUAUCUGUGAAGAUAAACUAUUGACGGCGCCUCAAGUGAAUCGUUUCUAUCCGCCCUGCUUCCUCGAAUGGCGGGCAAAUUAUGUCGGAUCCAACAUGGCCGUCAACUCAACCUUCAGUGAUGAACAAAGGCUUCUAAUUAUAGUCUCACUUUCUGAACAUUCACUUUUGACACAAAAAAACUCAUCACCUUACCCGGACAUGUACCUGCCAUGGCUCAGCAUGAGUGUUGGUGAUCAAGCCGUGAAGCUCGGGGGCCGAUGUUACGUUUUCUUCCUGUUGCUUGGAGCUAACUCUUUUGACUUGCUGGUCACACGCAAGCAUCAACGCACAAUCGCGCUCGCAACCGUGCAUACACGCAUAACUUGA